AUGAUGUCGAUAUCCUCUAAAAUCUUUGCAACGGGGGAGGAAGUUGGAGGGGGGAGAAGGAGAAGGAAGAGGGUCCUACCGUCCAAGCUCAAGAUGCCAUUGGCGGAAGCAGUGCUCAAAGAACUUGCAAUCAACUCGCCAACGGGGCAAAGACUCCAACAGCAAAAAAAGAUCAAGACCAAAUACUCCAUCUUUUACACCCCUUACAAAUGGUUGUUCAACUAUUAUUACUCCUCACCCAUGAUUCUUUACUCGGCGGGUGAAACGGUGCUUUACAAUUUGAUUACGCUAGGUUUGUUUUCGGUAUUGGCGUUUUAUGUCGUGUGGGUCUUGCCUGCUGCUUUGAUUCAAUCGUUGGAGAAGUUUUAUUUUUACUUGACUGGCUCUCAUUACCAAUAA